GACAAAUCUUCGACGCCUCUUUGUGCAAAGUCGUAAACGAUUCUAUCGAUCACUAAUAUAUACGCGACACGAUUUAUAGUUCCCUAUCAUGAGUAGCAAUCAGUUAGAAACUCGUUCAGUCUCUCCUGACAUCGAACAGCAACGGCAGCGUAACGCUUCUCCGGCGCAUCCGGACGAUCCGCUCGGCGGCCCGGAACAUCUUGAAUUUAACGAAGACGACGACGACCCGCCGACUCCGCGCUUUAUGCAAGACCAGGGAGCUUGGAAGAAAUGGAAGUGGGUUCCAUAUCCGAUCCGGAAGUAUGGGAAGGUUGCUGUUAAGUGGGUGAAGGGUCCUCAAAACCACAAGAUCUGGAAGAUCGAUCCACUUUUUCCAGUCGUUCAGCAUGCACCGCUUCGUCUCAUCGACAAGUUCCUCCCGAAUAGGAAACACCAGAUCCUGUUGUAUAUGGGUUAUGUCGCAGUAUGGAUCAUCGCAUUUGCUAUUGUUAUGUGGCGAGGUCAGGUUGCUUCUGAGGUUGCGACUUAUGGUAUGCCAACCGAUAUUAGUUGUGGUGUAGCAUAUUGGUCACGAAAUAACGGUUGUGGCAUUGACGGCGUCAAUUGUAGGCCGUUCAACAACAGUGCCUUUGCCUUCCGCUGUCCAUCGAAUUGCGCCAGUUACCGGGUUCUCAACCCUAGAGCGGUAGGAGCGCAGGAAGUAGUUUAUGCUCCGUUGGUUGUUGGAGGACCCACGGAUCUGGCGAACGAGGAGAGCCCUAUUUAUCGAGGCGACUCCUUUAUUUGCGGAGCCGCCGUCCAUGCUGGUCUCAUCUCCAACUCCCAGGGCGGUUGCGGUGUUGUGUCCCUGGUAGGAGAACAGCAGGAUUUCGUCAGCACGAACAGAAAUGGCAUCGACAGUAUCGGCUUCGAUUCUUACUUUCCGAUGUCGAUCACAUUUGAGCAGGGUAUCGAAUGUAAAGCCAAAGAUGUCAGAUGGUCGCUGUUGGCAAUCUCCGUGGUUUUCACUUCGGUCUUAUCCCUAUUUACCGCAUCAUCAUCAGUAUUUUUCUUCACCAUUUUCAUCGGUAUCUUUUGGCAAGUUGGUAUGGCUUCCGACCCGCCGUCAUACUCGACAAUUCCCGGUCUAUUUUCUAAUAUUUUGGGUAAAUUUCUCCCCGCCAUGUUCUGUGCUUGGGUAUUUUACGAUAAGAUGGGCGUCCGACGAACCCUGCAUGGCCUCACGGCUCAAGUUGAAAAAACGGUUUUGUGGCUCGGUGGUUGCUGGGUUGGAGCACUUACUAAUUACACGUUUGACUUCAUCCCUAUCCAACGCUUGACCGCACACGAUCUCGACCAGCAACCUGGUGCUAAAGCAGCACUUGCUAUAAUAGUCAUCGUACUAUUUUGCGUUGUUGUUGGUCAAAUUUGGGCAAUCCGACAAGAAGGGAAAUUAAUCCGCUAUCUCCAGCUUUACGCGCUGUUUCUCCUUGGGAUCAUCAUCUGCCUUGUGUUACCUAACCUCAACUUGCGAAUCCACCAUUACGUCCUUGCGUUGCUGCUUGUACCAGGGACCAGCAUACAAACGAGACCAUCACUACUCUACCAAGGCAUCUUGAUAGGGUUCUUCAUCAAUGGUAUUGCUCGCUGGGGCUUUGACGCGGUUCUGCAAACGUCGACGGAUUUGCAGGGAGACGCGCAGUUGGGCUCGCCUCUUCCCGAAAUUCUAACGCCUGUUAUUAACACAACUCUUUCGGCCCUUUCAGAAAUCACAUUUACCUGGCAGGCUUCGCCAGGAGUACGAUACGAUGGCAUUAGCGUACUGGUUAACGACGUCGAAAGAUACCGUGCGUUUUGGGGCGACGAGGGUUCGGACCAUUUCACUUGGACUCGCGAGAAUACGUCGAGCUAUAACGAGUACUUCCGGUUCGGUUUUAUGUCUGGCACGGACAGCGGAGACUACACUAAGGCCGGUAUCUGGGACAAGGACCUCAAUUGGACAACUCCCGUAGCGGGUCCUUCGAGGAUCAAAGGUCGAGCUCCGGAUGUGCAUGAAGCAGAGUUGGUACCGCGCUCGGUAUGGAAAUGAAUGAUGUUAGCGUUACGACCGGCAUAUCAAUGAAUCUCAUGUAACAUAUCUACGCUAUUGUGAAAGUCCCAUGUAUAAAGCGAAUUUGGAAUUACUAGACAACUUAGUUGUCACUAGGUGCUGACCGUAUUGAAUCAGAUAGGUCUUCCGCC